AUUUAGACCCAUAUAUUUUGCAGAACAACGUACCUAGGUAUAAAAUGUAAUAGGUAAUUGAACAUCAUUGAACAUUCUUUAUUAUCUACUCAACUUUAUUUGUAAUUUGUGAUCUGUGUUGUGAUAUUGACAAAAUUUAGAAAACAGCCCGUGUUAAAUAAACAAAUUGCAAAGGUUUCUUCACAAAAAAUACUAGAAAAAGUUACAAUGGCUGGAAUUAAAGGGCUGGUGUCGCUAGCAUUUGCUGGUUCAAUUGGGAUGACAUUUGUUAUAUUAGCAUGUGCCUUACCACAAUACAAACUAUGGUGGCCAUUUUUCGUAGUACUAUUUUACAUUCUAUGCCCAAUACCGACGAUGAUAGCUCGGCGCCACACGGACAGCGCAGGUGGUACAAACUCACCGUGCAUGGAGACAGCUAUAUUUAUAACUAUGGGGAUCCUUGUGAGCUCCUUUGCACUGCCCAUUGUUUUAGCCCGCGCGUCAACAAUUAUGUGGGGAGCCUGUUAUUUGACUUUAGCAGGUAACAUUAUAGUUUACCUCACUAUUCUCGGAUUCUUCACGAUCUUUGAUAUGGACGAUUCUGAUUAUGCAAUGUGGUGAGAAAUCUAGAAUGUUUCGCAACAUUCACUUGGGAAAAGACAUUCACGAGGCAGAUUUUUUGUAUAAGAUAUUAUGUUGUGUUAAUCCUUUAUUAUAAGAGUGAAUUAAUGAUACUGAUGUUAGGACUUAGAGUUUUAUUUACUUCUGUGUAAUUUAAAAAUCUAUACCCAAUUUUAUUUAUGAAUGUUUUAAGAUGAUUAUUUUUUAAAUUUCAAAAAAAUGUCACUUAAUUAGUGUAAGAAACGGAACCUGUGUAUUUUUUUACAAAAAUGUUACUCGUAAAUUAAUUAAAAACUAUAGGUAACCAAUAACUAAUUACCAAAUAAAUCGAAUGUUGUUAACUGCUUAAAUUUGGGUGUAUAUAAAUUAUAAAUUAAUAUUUCAAAGUACAGUAUUGUUUUUAUAUUUAUAUUUUGUACGUUGAUUACAUUUUGCUUACAUCUUUAGGCACAUCUUCACUGUGAGAUAUGCUUUUAUAUAAUUACUAAAAAAAACAUUAGUUUAAUAGUAUAUUAUUUAUAGUUGCUAUAAAGAAAAUAAUAUUAAAUACAUGAUGAAAAUUUUUAUUUAUCUUUGGUGAAAGUACAUGUAAUUUUAUACUAAAAUCUAAAAAUAUUUAAGUUUAAUGUCUUUUGAUUGAUACAUAUUAUAUUUGUAUGUCUUCAAAAUUACAUUCCUGUGUUAUGAUUUUUGUACAUACGUAAAAAGAAAAAAAAAACAAUGGUUCAUUUGUCAAUAAAACGCUAAAACAAUAACAUUAUACUGGUACUGUUUUUGAUAAGUUAAUUAAAUUUUCAUCUGCCUUAGAUCAAAAACAUUAUGUAUUUACCGACGGCGAUCAGUGUUGUAAGAUAAGCAUGUAAAUAAGAAAUUUGUGAUUCACGAGUGAAAGAAUGGUACAGUACGGCGCCAGUACAUAAUGGCGGCUCGGACAUCGUACGAUUCGAUGCGCAGAAAACAAUUUUAGAUAUUAGCGGGACGUUUUGGGACGCGCACAGGUCCGCACUCGCACCUGCAUCUAACUUCCGAGCCGCUAUUUAUGUUUGAAUCGAACUGUAGAUACAUGCUGGAAACUCGAGCGAAUUGAAGAAAUUAGCUAAUCUCGAAGAAAAAAUCAACGCUUUGAAUAAUGGUUUUUAGCUUAAUGUUAUUGAAUCCUGGUCACAAUAAAUAUCUAACCAAAUCUUUGUAAA